AGUUUUUGUUGAGUUAAAACUUGAAAACAAUGUCUUCUACAUUGCUGCUAUGGAUUGUGCUAGCUCUCAUGUUUUUGGCUCAAACACCACAAAGAUGUGGAGGGCAGUUGGAGGAGGAGUGGUGCAUAGCCGAUGAGCAGACCCCAGACGAGGAGCUGCAAAUGGCGCUUAAUUGGGCUUGUCAAGUGGGAGGAGCAGACUGCAGUAAGAUCCAAGAAAACCAAGCAUGCUACUUGCCCAACACUCUACAGCACCACGCCUCUUACGCCUUCAACAAUUACUAUCAAAAGUUGAAGCAGCAGGGAGGGACUUGCUACUUCAAUGCUGCUGCUUUCGUCACUGCCCUUGAUCCAAGUCAUAAUUCGUGCAAGUUUGAGUACCUUCCUUGAUGAAAGCGUGGAGGAUUGGGAUUUGCAGUGAAACAAGUUAAAACAGAGGAUUUGCAUUUGUGGUAUUAUCACUAUGUAU